AAAUACAUACACUUAUUUCUUCAUGCGUUGGAUUUUCUUUUACUUACAACUUAAGCAAUUUCUUCAUCAUUUUUGUCCAAAAAAGGGCAAAAUUUUAAGGUGGUGUUUUAAUUUUGGAAAUGGGGAAACAACCUGCUUGUUCUUCAGACAAAAAUGGUGAAUUAAAAAGAGGUCCAUGGACUGCUGAAGAAGAUAAAAUAUUGAUUGAUUAUAUACAGAAACAUGGCCAUGGCAAAUGGCGUACCCUUCCCAAAAAUGCAGGGCUAAAGAGGUGUGGAAAGAGUUGCAGGCUUAGAUGGGCAAACUACUUGAGACCUGAUAUCAAGAGAGGAAAGUUCUCUGAUGAAGAAGAGCAAACUAUUAUACAGUUGCACAGUGUUUUAGGAAACAAGUGGUCUGCCAUUGCUUCUCGAUUACCAGGAAGAACAGAUAAUGAGAUAAAAAACUACUGGAACACUCGCAUCAAGAAGAAACUACUGAAAAUGGGGAUCGAUCCCAUUACUCACAAUCCAGCCCUCCAUCUUCUUCACCUUUCAUCACUUUUAACCUCUUUUCUUUCCAAUUCUUACAACCUUAAUAAUCAUCCGAACAAAUUUUUACUCGGAACUGAAUCCAUGUCGGACCCAAACUUCCUUAUACCUGUCUUAUCAUCGUCCCAAAACAAGAACCAGCUCCAAAAUAUUGAAAAAAACCAGGCAGGGAAUACUUUUUUUCAAUGUCCUGAUAAUAACCAAUAUGAACAAGGAAACCAGUUUCAAGAAUGCGAUUCAAAGGGUUUUUUUCCAAUGCAAAGUUAUGGAUACUAUGAUUGUAAUCUAUCCAUGGAUGAUCAAAACCAGACAUGUUUUUCUGGUAAUAUUUCGAGUUUGGGUAAUUUCGGAUCGGGUUAAUCAGAACCUUGUUCGAGCUUGAUUCCGUUGAAUUCGUCGUCGAGUGAUGAAGGUGGUGGAAGAGAGUUAUUGUGGUAACAUGUUAGAUGUUUGAUGUUACCAUAUAAUAGAUUGAAUGUUAAUGGAUGUAAGAGAAAGGAUACCAUCAAAAUGAUAUUAUCUAUUUUCAAUCAA